CGGGUGAAAAACAAUUCAUAUAACAUAACAAGUCUAAAUAUUCCUUGAAGUUCUACAGGUAAAUGCAAUAAAAAAAAUUAAUAUGAACUCGUAAAUUUCUUCUUUUAGCGUCUGACACAGAUGGAAAAUGAAAUAGCUGCAUUGAAAGAUGCAGGUGAUCAACAGAAGACAAAAGACAGGCUGAAAUAUUUGGAAGAAAAACAAGAGCUGCAAAAUGAGCUUGUUAAAACUUACCAGAGGUAUAAUGUUAAGACAUCAUUUUCACCAUUGAUGCAACAAAAAGAUAACAUCAACGUUAAAGAUGUAUUUGUGCCUCCCGUGAUAGAGGUACUCGAGGGGGGUCAAUCUGUGGAUAUGGACAACGAUAGGACAAAGAAGAUUGAGAAAUUAAGAACCCUUAAUGAAAGUCCAACACGGAGAAACGAUGUCCUGGGAUAUUCCAAACCAAACCACAGGAACAUAAGAUGUAAUGUUGGGUCAAAAAGUAUACAUCCUGCAAUAUGAUCAAUAGAAACUGGUGUAAAGCUGUUCUAGAUGAAACCGAAGCAAAGUCAAGGAUGGCAUAUGUAAAAGGCUAUAGUGACAUCUUUGAAACAGGGGAACAGCAACAAAAUAAGAUUUAUGUAUUAGGUGAUGUUGGAACUGGAAAGAGUACUUUCUGUAAAAUGAUGAUUGAAAACUGGUGUCACGCUGUAACUAGAACACCUGAAAGAAUUGAAAGUAAUAAAGAACAAAAAGAAACAAAAUGCAACGUCGUGAAAGGAUGGCGUGAUGGUGUCCGUCAUAUGGGACAAUAUGAGUUUCUCUUCUUUAUACCUCUGCAGUACAUGUCGGCAUUUAAGUCUGACGACACUAUUGAUAUGAUUAAAGAAUUAACAAAUCAUCUUACUUCUAAUACGGAUUUAAUCGACAAAAUAUUUCAGAAAGAUUCGAGGAGUUGUCUAAUCAUCGCUGACAGCUUGGAUGAAUGGACGCCUCCAAAAGAUUUUGUGCGUAAACCACAUGUUAGUUACGGUAUACCAAACGGAGACCGGUUAAACGAUGCGACAGUCAUUACAUUAUCUAGGCCAUCUGCAAAAGUAAUUCUUAAUUUGAAAAACUCAGAAUUUGAUAUCAAAUUGCAAUUGUUAGGAAUAUCAGAAGAAUCGUUGAUGUUAUUUAUCGAACGAUAUUGUUCUAAAUUGAACUCACCUGAAAAAUCUUACAAAUUCUUUGAAAUAUUGAAGUCAAAACAGAUAGAGCAUAUGACGAAGACGCCAUUAUUUUUGCAACAACUGCUGUUUUUAUAUUGUAAUGGUUAUGAACUGGGAAAUUCUGUGAGCGAAACGUAUUGUCACAUAUUGAAUACCAUGCUUGGCUGGUCAGAUCAUAAGACAGAAGAGCAAAACAAUGAUGAAAGACAUACUGUUAAGCCUAACACUUUUAUAAGUCUACCUACAAUGGUACACAAAUUUCCAAGAUUAGAGGCAAACAAACAUGUCCUAAUUCGACUAGGAAAAAUUGCGUUUGAAACAUACACUUCCGGGAGUAUUCGAACCACAUUUGAACAGUCUUUUCUUAUGAAAAAUGAUAUAACGAAAGGUGAUAUCGAAGAGCUUACACAAUUUGGAAUCUUGAAUAAAAGCAACUGCUGCGACCGAAUACUUGAAGAUACACAAUUUGAUAUUAUCCAUAUCUCUUAUCUUGAGUUUUUCGCCGCAUUGUAUUUUGUAACAUUCUAUAACAUGGAACAAACCACAUCUGUUGAACAUGAACUAUUUCAUAAAUGUAAUUCAGCUAGUGAUGUAUUGCAGUUAUCUAAUUUUAUUAGAAUGAGUUGUGGUUUAUCCCCCGGUGUUAUAAGUGAUUUGUCAAAACAGAUUUCAUGUAUAGUGAAUAAGGAUGAACAUGUUUUACAUAUAAGAAGAAAAGAAGGUUUAAAUUUGCAUGAUGAGAUCGUUCAGAUACAAAGUCUUAUGUUCAAUUGUCUCAAAGAGUGUGGUUCUGAAGACACGACAAUGAUCAGUCUGAGUGAUCUUGUCAUUAAAUUCGAUGUACCUAUUCCGCCUUUACAAAGAAUCAAACCUGAUGAUGUAAUUUCUCUUACGUGUGGACAUACUUCCGAACAUAUGUUGGAUUUUUUCAGCAAAUGCAACAAUUUGCAGUACAUUCAUAUUAACUGUUUGUGAUCAUGUUUUCACUGCAUGGUGACGAUUGCGUGAUUGACCUCUCUUCGAUGAAGCAGCUUCAGGUUCUUGAUUUGUCCAUCUGUAAUUAUCAUAGAACAUCUGCCGAGACAGAUGCGGGAACGUUUGCCAUGAAUAAAUUCAAAAAAUUUCGUCUCUUAACACUGAACAACUUAAACAGGUACACAUGACAGGUUGUACAAAUGUAUUAGAUUUGGACUGUUUAUUAUAUGCAAACAGACUUACUGAGCUUUACAUUGAAAUUUAUACUGGUAAUUUGACAUUGCUACAACUCAUAUUACAAACAGCACCGUUAAGACAUUUGAAAUUAAAUCAUGUAAAUGGUUACCAGUACAAACUUCAUGAAAUUGAACUGUAUAAAAUGAAUGAUCUUUAAACUCUUACGCUUGGCAGU